UUCUAUGAGUUUGUCUAUUUUAGUGGAAUUAAUUAUAAAUUCCAUUAAAAUAGACGAACUGAUAAAAAUAAACAAACUGGAGGUAAGUAAUCCCAAAUACGUAACUGCUACAAGUGGAUUGUAUGUUCAGGUAUCUGGCACAACCACGAAAACACAGUGGCGAUGAGCGGCGGGUCGCGUCGCGGGCGAUAGUAUAGCGCGCGCCCACGUUGGCCCCCGUCCCCACAGCAAACGCGCCCACAUCCGCACAACAUGGUGCGUGACAAGAAAUCACCGCACAAGACUGACUCCCAGAAAUCUAGCACCAAUUUAGUCGGAAAAUUCACACAGAGCGUACGCCGUAUUGUACAAGAUGUCAAAGACGAGGGCACUUCAAGUGGGCAGACAAAAGAAGAGGUUAUAGAAACGAACGAGAGACUUCGAAUGGUCCGAGUGCGUUUAGACGAGAACUAUGACACGGCAAAGAAAGCGCUCGUCAAUCUAAUGGAGCGCUACAACGAGUCAAAGGCUGAGAGAAAUGUUUUCACGAGAUACGCCCUACUGAAGGCCAUGAUCAAAGAUGUUAUCCGUCUUGAGACACAAUACUGGUCUCUCGUGGAAAUUCCAAAACAAGAGAAAGCGGAAACUGUUCCAGCCUUUGUACUCCGAGCUUGUGCUAUCAUGGAGAAGACACAAAAAUCUGGAGAAGGGGUGAAGACUUCUUCCAAGCUUGCUGAAGAAGCAGCCGAUAGAAAGGAAAGAAUAGAACGACUUACUGAUAUGACAACAUCACAAAUAGAGGCAGAGAAUACACAAAUGACAAAUGAUUUGUACCGCUUAUUGAAGAAGUAUACAGGCUUAAGAAAUCUCAUAAGGGAACUAAAGUCAGAGUACGUGAGUUCCAAGCUGUACCCAAUGUUUCCGAGAUACACGAUGUUGAAGGAUAUGAUUAAGGAUAUCAUGCAUGAUCCUGACUAUAUGGAGGUUUGCCAUGAAGUGGAUCCAUAGCGGGGGGUGCGCAAAUAGAUGAGGAGCUCCUUCACUGACCGCCGGUCGAGAAGACGCUAGCACUUGCCUUAGUGUUGCCACUUUAUAUUAUUACAGAUUCGGAAAGAAUAAGCAAAAAAUAACUUUUACUUUUUUACUAUCAGACAAAUUUUAUCUCUAUCGUUAUUCAGUUUAAUUUGAUUUUACAGUAGUCGAUUGUUAUGGCAAAACUAAUCGAUAUAUAUGAGUUAAUGGGCUUUAAUUAAAAAAGAUUCCAUGUUUCGUUAACGACUUCUGAUUUAAGAGCACAAAACAGUUUGAAGACACAUCCAGUAUUCCGGUUUAUAGAACAGGGCUGUAUUGAAUAUUUAUGAGACACGAGUUUCUGCAACAGAUUAUACAACAGCUUAAGGAGUGUUACCGAAUAUGAAGUGGAGAGAUUUCAGACAUCAAGUGGCGACGGUAGUGUGACGAGUACUCGUUUAUUUUGCGCUGAAUUAUAUAUGGACUUUGUGUUAGUUAUGUAAAAUAGUGUUUACGUAAAUACGUUUAUAGUUAAGUACUCGUCCUUACUUACUUUACCUUAAUGUUCUCCCUUCUGUCGCCUUUUGUAAUAAAUAUUAAAUCCUACACAAGGAACAAAAAUAUUCAUAGUUAUAAGGCUAUACUUAUCUUGUCUAGACAUUCAACUAUUCAUAUCAUAUUUUAUCAUAUCAUGUAUAUUACAAUAGUUUGCUAAUGAUCAGGUAAGUAUAAUUUAUAAUCUAUAUAAACACCAACGUUAUUUUAAAAUUCCAUUCUGGUUAUCAAAUCUUUACCGUUUAUUAAGAUCGAUGUACAUUUCAGAUAAAUAUUAUAAUGUAAUAGAAUUCACUUUAUUUUAAGAAAGUAUUAAUGUUUAAUGUCUGUAUCGUAUUAUUGGUUAUUUAAUUAUGAUAUAUCAUAUUUAUAGCUAUUUAAUAAGGACAUAUACAUGUAGCUUAUAGUUUGAAAACGCCAUUAUAUGUGUUCAAUGUCUAUUUAGAAUAAUUCUAUGGUAUAAUAGAGAGUAGAUUUUUUCUGUGCCUAUCUCCUGAUUCCUUAACAAGCUAUCCAGAACGUAUUAACAAUUUUAUGCUCAAACUUUUUAUGAUUGUCGUCUACUACAAUUGUUAUUAAAUAGUCACAUAUCUUAAAUUGUUGGUAAAUUUUAUGUAGACCGCUCUUACAUGUGGUUUGAAAAUAUAUUUGUAGGUAGAUAUAGAAACUGUAAUAGACCUAAAGAAUGCUUUGCAGCCUAGAACUAGUAGGGUGACAAUUAUUUAUGUGUUCAGUAAAAAUUUGCAUCAUUUUCAAAGGAUUUUCAUUCAAAUAUUAUCUUUUAUAAAUGAGAUUAUUUACGAAAAUAUAUGAAUGAAAUGACAGUAAACGCUCUAGUUGUUGUGUGAUGCAAAUUCAUACUCAGCGUUAUAAGUUUAUUUUACUUAGAAAAAUAUGUAAAUGUAUUUUAUUUCUAUCAUAUAAUCCACUUAUAUAAUAUUUAGAUAUAAUGCAUAAUAUAUUCCAUGUAAUAAUAAACAAAAAUAUGAAAGCAAAUAGUGAGGUUAUAAUGUUAGGUAAUUUUCGAAAUAUAUGAUUUGUAUGUCGUAAUUUGAAAAUAUGGAAGCCUUUUAAUAAACAUGGCAAUGUUUUGUUACAAACAGUAUAUGUAAUACGUAUUUUAAAUACUGUAAGGUCUAUACUGCCACUAGAUAAGAAAGGCGUACCCAAAUAGAUAGCGUAAACUAGAAUAAGAAGUAUAACUCUAUAACGUGAGAAACUUUUUCUUUAUAAAUUUUUCUUUAGUUUUACUCCUUCAGAAGUAGCAAUUUACUUACAGCGUCAUAAUUCUAAUUAAUUAACGUCUAAAACUUUC